AUCGGGAUCGACAUUCAAUGAAACGUAAAUAUGGUGGAAGUGCAUUUGUACAGAAUAUUUUGCGAUGUAUAUCUAAGGAGUUUUACACUUUACUGUUAAAGACAGACAUUUUCAUUAAAGUCAAUAAUAUCCCAAGACAAUGUAAACAUAGCAUCACUUGAGGAGAAAUGUCGUUCUUCAGCAGAAGAAAAGAUAAAAAAUCAAACCAACAAAAAGCCCCUGAUGCCUCUUUGAAAAGAAACCACUCACAAAGAAGCACCCAGAGCCUCAGAAAAGAAGAUUCAAUCAAUGGAGACCUAACAGAUGAAUCAGGCAGGUCGUUUGAUGGGAGGAGUAGAAGGCCAGUGUCUCUCUGUCUGGAUGAGUCAUGUGACCCAGAUCUAGGUGUCACAUCCAGACAACCUGCUUCCCCAUUGAGAUAUUCCAAGCUUUCCAAAUCCCUGGAUGAAAUUCUCAAAGACAAAGAUGCCCUCUCCUGUUUCAUUGAAUUCAUGGAGUCCCGCAAGUCUGGGCAGUACAUCCGAUUUUGGUUGGAUGCGGAGAGUUUCCAGGUCUCUACAUGGAGCAGAUUGAGAAGUCAGUCCUUGGACUCUGCCAGAAAAUCAUCAUCAAUAGUCAAACAGGAUAAACAUACUUCACAACCACUGCGGACUGGUCAGUGGACAUCGGAAAAUACGCUGGACAUGGGUAGUUCCUGUCAAAGAGUGACAGAAGGAAGUCUACCCUCCAGUAAUACCACAAGCAGUGAAAAACUGACCGAGGAAGUGCCAAACAAACCUAUAACAGACACAGGACAACCAAGUGUUCAACCAAAUCAAACCGAGACCUAUUUAAAACCCAAACCUCACAGUCUCCCAGUUACACCUGUAGACCCUGAGGACAAGCACCUGCCAGGGGCGCCCGACCCCACCUGUGAUAUUAGCGACAGCAUAGAGUCAAGACUCAGUGAUACCGUGUCAAAUAGUGCAAUCAAAAGAGCAGAGAGUCUUAAAAAGACCAACCUGUCUCAGGAUGAACUUGCCAAUAAGCUUAGAAAAAGUAUAGCAAGAGAUGCUGUAAGCAUAUUCCAAAAUUAUUUAUCUCAUGAUGCUCCUUAUCCAGUACAGAUUACAGACGACCUAAGAAACCAGUGCAUGGCCAAAAUUUGUCGAGAAGACGGGGAGGUGGAUCCAGCCUGCUUUACGGACUGUCAAGAAUUUGUUUUGAAUGUGAUGCAAGUGGAACACAUGCCUGACUUCACCAGUAGCGAGUUCCUCUGUAAACACCAGGUUAACAUUCUUACUAAAGGGCAGAUAACUCUGUCCGAUAUCCUCUACAAUGAUGGCGCCAUGUUCUACUUUAUGGAGUAUAUGGAGCAGGAAGGUGGCUCAGACCUCCUCCAGUUCUGGCUGGCCACGGACAACUUCCAGCAGCACCUGCUGUCAUGUGAUGGUCACUAUGACGGCAUGCAGGCCCAGAUUGAUGCCAUGGUCAUAUACGAUAAGUAUUUUUCUCUCCAAGCCUCGCACCCUCUUGGAUUUGAUGAUAAGACUCGGUUUGAGGUGGAAGGAAAUAUCUGCAGGGAGGAGGGUCCGCUUCCAAGUUGUUUUGCCAAAACUCACCACAUUGCCUUUCGUACAAUUGAAAAGUCCUAUUUUCCAAGCUUUCUACAAAGUGAAAUGUACUACAAAUAUUUAUCAGAACUAGUCAGCACAGUAACCAUAGCAACAGAUUUACCAAAGCAAAGCAAACACAAACGACAAGACAGCGAUGCUUCAUCUGUACACAGCACUCACAGUGCGGGUAGUGAGAGCAUCAAGAACACUCUGUUAGCCAUGGACAGCAGUUAUCUACGCAGAACAGCCAAAACAACGAGUCGCCUCAAGGAGAGCGAGAUGAACCUGGACCCAUGUCUGCUCAAUCCGGACCUGUUGUGGAGACGUCCCAGUCCUGGGAUGUCAUUGGGUAAAGUGGAUGAAUUGGGUAGAUUUGUAUCGGAGUUGGAUCCUCAACCUGUUUUGGAUAAAGCCAAAGCCAACAGUACCGGUAACUCAGGACUUUUUAAGAAAAGGAAAGGCAAAGAUAAGGAGCAGGAAGAUAUGGCUCUACAGAUUGCUCAGAUGAUCAUAAGUGACGUCACCUCCGUCACCCAGGCUAUUGGUGCUAUGCAAAAUUUGGAUCCACCAUCUCACGACUCAUGAGAUCAGCAGUCUUAACAACCAGUGCAUAUACAAACCCAGGAUCCACCACCCCACGACUCAUGAGAUCAGCAGUCUUAACAACCAGUGCAUAUACAAACCCAGGAUCCACCACCCCACGAAUCAUGAGAUCAGCAGUCUGUACAACCAGUGCAUAUACAAACCCAGGAUCCACCACCCCACGACUCAUGAGAUCAGCAGUGUUUACAACCAGUGCAAUAACCUCUCUCUGAUUUGCCCAUUUGUAGCAAGUCCUAUUUGUUUUUAUGUAGGAUGAUAGUCAUAUAUUAUUGGUUUGGUUUAUUAAAGAGAUUGUUAAUUUUAACUUUUGUUUUUCCUUGGUAGAACAUGUAUUCCGUAUUUACUUCCAUCUUCCAAAGGAAAGAUCAAAUGUUAAUCCCUUUUACAUUUCAUAAUUGACUCUGGAAAGUGUCCUAUAUUUUAAGAAGUUGUUUCUGAAAUAAAGAGUAUUCUAUCUAA